AUGAACCAUGAAAGACGGAGAGGCCGUAUUCGGGAGUUGAUAGAGGGUGCCCUGAGUAAAACAUAUGGCAAGCUGUCGCCAGAGCUUUGGCAUAUCGUGUCCGAAGACGACGAGUUGAUCAGACUUUAUACCAUAGCGGAACUUUCUUUGCAGCAUCGCAAGACUGAGUGGUCUGUUGAUCUGUCGCUCCCAGUGUUGGCCACAGUCGUCAGAAUGGACGGUGUGGAGUACGUUGCUUCCCUCACGAAUUACUCCGGCAUUGCCAGCCGUCAGACGAAAUUAGUAAUCCCGUCAGAGUUCAGUAACUUCUACAUUGCAAACGAUCACCUCGGCAUCAGGCGAGUCACUUCAAACCCGAAAGACUCCAGCUUAGAUACAGUACAUCCGGCCUAUUGGAAAACAGUAUCUGCAAACAGCCAGACGAUUACUUUCCGUGGUGAUAGCCUUAAGCUUCGAGAACUGUUGACUCCAUCGAUAUAUUCUCGAGUUCUGUGGCCUCAUCCAGUAACGCCGUCUGAACUCGACUCAAUGACAUUUUACUAUGCUGGUUGGGGCGAAGGAGAUUUUGAAGCCAGGUUAAGAACACUUGUUUUCAAUGAGCCUGGUACAACUGGAUAUUCCGCGUGUUGGGCUAACGAUGAGAUGGUCUCAAUUCAUGUUCAGCGCAACAUGGAAAAUCAAGAAUCCGACCGUACACUAAUGGAUGAGCACUCUGAAUUUGAAUACCGAAGUCUCCUCAAGUGGACCUACUAUCCUGUCCAAGAAGAUGAGUUUAUUCAAGAGGUCUGGCUACGAGGGUCCGAGAAAUACGAUACGACUCGGCCCCUCCCAUCUCAAGGUCAGGGCGGUUUGCAAUAUCAUCUGUCGACACCGUGGGGGUUGAAGAAAUACAAGAGACCCAGUGACAUAGCUCUUGCGCUUGUUACAAGCAAAGGUCGAAACAUUGUUGCUGGAAGUUUCCCAGACCAUCAUGGACAAUACUCAUCAUAUUCGAAACAUCGUCACUGGGACUUGGUAGCGAAAACAUCCGCGAACGCUCCACUGCGAGUCUUCUUCUCUCCCUCAGACCAUGGAAUUCCUCUGAUAGCUGCAACCAAAUUAGCAGACAAUCAUACCGCAGCUCCUCUGCCGAGUCAAACAUCGCUUGGUACCAUGCCACGUUUCAACCCGCUCCAUACUCUACACUACUCAUCCGCGUCUUUAGAAGACAUCACAGAAGUCCUAGUCUGCAAGAGCAAGAAUGAGAAGGACAAGGGCGUAAUUCGACACUUUAACUUGGAAAACAGCCGUAUGAUUGAAACUCCUUACAAGAAGAUCGCUGGACUAUUGUUUCGGUACGCCGACGGUAGUCAGGCAAGUGUUGGGUGCUUUCGGUUUGACUGGGCCGAGACGCCGCUUGCAAGAAAUGGCUCAAGGGGACUAUUUGUUGGGACGAGGCCAGGGAAGAUUGUGCAGAUACCUCCACAUGUAGCUGCCGUUGAUAUCACGCCUCAAGAAGCCGAAGGAGAGUUCACUUGGAUGGAGAUGCCAUGGACUGGAGUACUUGAGUGGUGGUUCAACCCUGAUAGCUUGGACACUAGCAUCACGCAUAUCCUUUGA